AUAAGCAUUUUUAUAUCGAUGAAUAGUCAUACAAAGAGGGGAAUAUUUUUUGAAUAGGUAGAUAGGUUUAAAAAGUUACAGAAGUUUAUGAAGAAAGUAUUGGCAUCGUGUGUGGUAUGUUUAUUAAUUACUUCAAUUUUGCGCGUAAACACGAAAACUUUUUGUUCUGUUUUCAAGCGACCGGUGUUUAAAUGUUCGAAACAUUUAUGUUAAGUUUUUAGCAUCAAGAAAUUUUGUAGUGAUUAUUUUCAAUUUUAUAAUGAAAAAUUACGUUGAAGUUGGAAGAAAAGGACAAAAGGAUCACUUGGAAAAUAUUAGACUGGAUAUUCCACUUUCGUCGUCUGAUUCCAACCUCUACUCUAGUGUCAACUAUCGUAAGCUGGUAGCUCUUAAGCAAGGCUACACCAACGAGGAGUUUCUGGAGAUGGAAGACGCACACGACCGUUUCAAAGAUUACGUCGAAGAAAGCUACAUCGAUAACUCCGAAGUAUUUCGGGACACAUACCCGCCCAAUCGCGGACCGGAGAACAUGGGUUUCUACAUAAACUACGGCAAGUUGAAGCUGAAACCCACGAGCUCCGAACGCACCCACGAUCACGAUAAGAAGCAUCGCGAAAAAAAGAAGCACAAGCAACAACACAAGGAACGGAAACGUUCCAAAUCAGACAAGCAUUCCAACAAAGAGUUCGCUAAUGUGGAAGCGAACCCUGUCUCUUGUGCUGAUGCUCAAUCGGAUCCUUUAGCAGGUUUGGCUGAAUCCGUGCCUCCUCCUCCUUCUAUGCCAAGUCACGAACGCAUCACCAAAGAGGAAAGAAAAAAGCUAAAGUUAUUACGCAAGGAAAAGAAGUCGCGAGAUUUUGUUGAAGAGACGAAAUCGCCAAAGAAGCGAAAGAAGAGAGUGGACGAGGACGUGACUCUGGAUAAAAUUUUAAUGUCGAGAGCCAAGGAAGUGAAAAGCAGCGAAGGAAAACUGAAUAAAUCAUCCAACUACGUUCUGGUGCCGGAUCUUCGAAACGGACUGUAUCCAUAUUAUAAUACUACAUCUUGAGUAGAAAAAACAUUGCACUAAAUGUUUGUAAAAAAGAUAUAUAAAUAGUAUAUGCAUAUUCAUUAUUUAAUGAUAUCAUCUGUAUUCUUUCUCUAUUCGCGUAUAUUUCAUUACUCUAUUUAUAUCAUUGAAAAUAAAGCUCUA